UUAUUGGGGAUACAGGGGAGUGAAAUUUUCACAAAUCUAAUACAAAUCUGUUGUAUGGAAGGUUACAACCAUUCGCAAGAGCCCUUGAGUCUGAGGGAAGAGUUCCAUGGUAAGCGAUUUGGCCUUCAGCACGAUUCGCCCUUCCAUUUUCUGCGAUCCCAGUGGCAGUCAGAGCCCAAGUCGCACAUCUUUUUGGUUUACCGCUGCCUUCUGGGCGUCUUUUUUGGAUCCGGGUCCGUCUCUUAUACGGUGAUACACUUUCAGAGAGGCCAUUGUUUCAUCUACCUAACGAAUUGGUGCUUUUUCAUGUGCGCGUUUACCAGUGCUUACUCUGCUAUUCUACAGACAGUAUAUCACUGCCAGAAGGAGUCGUGGGUUCCCUCGAGUUGGGCGAUCAAGUGCUAUUGGGCCUGCUUCUGGAUUACCCUGUGCACAGAACAUGUGGUGACGUUUGCCUAUUGGGCACUCAUAUAUCCAAGCGCUCGGGUACGAAAAAAUCCGACAUGUGUCUCCAUCCUCUACAAUAUCUGGACCCAUGCCUUGCCGCUUAUCGUCCUCACAGUCGAUAAUUUUGUGGUGGCUCAGCCAGCCCGACUUCUGCACUUUGUUUACCCAGUAGGCUUUUGCUUGAUCUAUUUGGGAUUCACGAUCAUCUAUUAUUUGGCGGGCGGGGUAGACUUUAAGGGACGUACCACCAUUUAUAAAUUCCUGAAUUAUUCUAAGCCCGCAAAAGCUGCUGUAGUUUCAAGCAUAGUGUUGGUUCUUCUGGUUGUUUGUUCUAUAUUUCAGUAUGGAGUGUAUCGUUUGAGAACACGCUUGGCGCGCAGGUUUGGCAAACUUAUUUUGGACACUAGCUCAUCAAAGGGUGUUUUAUAGAUUAAU